AUGAUUGUAUUCAUCGUGACUUGUAUGUACGCAGUGUUGACUCAGUCGGGUGCGCAGGAGUCGAAGUUGGUUAACAUAAACCAGGGUCCUGUUAUAGGAUAUAAGGCUCAGGAAGCUGAUGUGUUUGCUUUCUACAACAUACCUUACGCAACUGCGCCGAAAGGACCACACAAGUUUAAGUCUCCUCUCCUACCACCGUCAUGGGAUGAACCUUUCGAAGCAGUAGACAAAGACGUGAUGUUUAUAUACGGAAUGCUGCGAUCCGUUACAUUACAAGUUGAAGCAGGCAAUAAUAAAAUGUAUUUGCAUCAAUUUUCUUAUGCACAUGAUAAAUUACCUAUUAUACCUUAUACAAAUAUGAGAGGAGCUAAUCAUUGCGCUCAAAUGGAUGUGGUUGUUGAUGAAGACGAGUCGGUACUUUCUGAUGAGUAUCGAAAUUUGAAAGCGACAAUGAGAGAAGUGUGGCUCAAUUUUAUAAUAACUGGAAAUCCAACACCAGAUGGAUUUUCGGAGAUACCUACAUGGACACCAGCAAACGCUCAACGAUCACCAUGUAUGUCUAUUGGGAAAACGAUAGAGCUGGUAGACUCAGUUGCAUCUGAUAGAUUCAAAUUUUGGAACGACAUAUACGAUCGCUACUAUCGCAAUACGAUACAACCUACGGAAGUAGCAGUGCCAGCGAAAUAG